AUGCCAAACUCAGUAACGAAUGCGACAAGUAACAGAGAAGAAAGAAGAAUUAGUCAAAUUCAGGGACUUCCGCCGGACGAUGUUAAAAAAGCUACGGACCAAUGGUCGGACGAGGGGAGGCCCCACAAAGCUUGUCCAUCAUUGACCAAAAGGGAAGGAUUGUCAACCCCCCGCCGUGUAAGUUUCAGAGCAUCGCCGCGUCAUUGCCUCUCGCGCCGUCAUUCUAGGCCCCUGAUCCUUUUGCUUCAUUCGUUUAUCCUUCCCGCUGCCCCCUUGGCUCAAUUUUGUCCUCCUCUCUCUCUCUCUUUCUUUUCUUUCCUUCUUCCUCUAUCCUACAAUGCUAUCGAUCUAUUUACGCGUCAUCUCGUCUUCGCCGGCGCGAUGGCCAUACCCAGUUGUUCGAGAUGGCGCCUGCGACCAAUUGGUCUCCUCUACCUGUUUUACCUCGUGGGAUUUAUGAGCUUCGCUUGUAUUGUCGCUAUCUGGUAUGGCGUCAAUUCCGACCGAGACUAUAUUCAUCCGCUUUUGACCCAACUCAUCCCCGCCGGACACUGUGCGUGCCAAACUUCGACCACCUUCCAGUGCUCCACCUGCCUGUCAUGCUCCGAACAUAGUCUUGUCCCGCAGCUUACCUCCGCCCCGAAAUGGGAAUUUAACUCGGAUCGCGAUUCAAAUAAUGAGGGUCUCAGUACACCUCAGUGCAAGGCCGCAUUCCCGGGACUCUACGAAGACGUCUUCCGCGCCGAGAGCUUUUGGCGGUCCCAAGGCGCUCUUGCGACCGAGGACCUGGAUCGCAUUCCCUUAGGAUUCGGUAUGGUUCGCGCGUUUAUUUCUCGCGGCGAGCUGUAUGUGGUUGCGGCGCGGGCAAAGCAAGAGGACCAUCGACGAAAAAUUGUAGCGGCAUUGAGUUCCAUCCAUCGCGCGCUGGUCGCGGAUUCCGACCGAGCUACUCGCCGCGACAUCGAGUUUGUUUUCUCAGUGGAGGAUAAGGUCGAAGAUGUCACGAGCUCCGACAAUCCUGUCUGGGUUCUUGCACGUUCUGCAGCCGAGCAAGGCGUCUGGCUGAUGCCGGACUUUGGGUUCUGGGCGUGGGAUAACCCGCGGAACUCGAUUGGACCCUUUGAUCAAGUCGUCGAACGUGUCAAGAGAGCCGAUAUUCCGUGGUCGCAGAAAACCCCGCAGUUGGUUUGGCGCGGCAAACCAAGUUUCGCGCCGAAGCUGCGCCGCGCGUUGAUGGAUGCCGCUCGGGAUAAGCCGUGGGGUGACGUCAAGCAAGUGAACUGGUUUGAGCGGACGAAUAUCAUGUCGAUGGAAGAUCACUGCCGAUAUAUGUUUAUCGCACACGUUGAAGGCCGAUCAUAUUCCGCUUCAUUGAAGUACCGUCAGGCCUGUAACUCAGUAAUCGUGGCGCAUAAACUACAGUAUAUCCAACACCAUCACUAUCUUCUCGUACCGGACGGCCCGAAUCAAAACUACAUUGAGGUUGAGCGAGACUUCAGCGAUCUUGAGAGCAAGAUUGAGCCUCUCCUCGACGACCCGAGUACGGCCCAGCGGAUUGCCAACAACAGCGUGCGCACCUUCCGUGAGCGCUAUUUGACGAAGGCCGCCGAAGCAUGCUACUGGCGUCAGCUUUUCGAGGGAUACGGACACGUCUGGAACAGCAGUGUCCCGGUGUGGUCCGACGUGUAUCAGCGGGAACGAGGUCUCCGAUACGAGUCGUUCAUCUUGUUGGAUAGUCAAAUGAUGUUUGAUUUCAGCGCGACGGGCGGCAUGCCAUAA